GAAUUAGCCGAAAGUGAAAAUUUCACCAUCACCCAUUUUCGUGAAAUAUCGGAUUACGUGCCAAUCGACAACACUCUAAUCAAAAUGCAGAAAAUCAUCGAUGAAACCUACACAACGACACGCAUCUAUGUUUUUAUCGGUGAACACAUUGCCAUGGUGGAUUUUGUGCGCUGUAUGCAGAAUCGUAAACUUCUGGAGGAUGGCGACUACAUCAUUAUUUCUGUCGACGAUGAAAUCUAUGAUUCGAAACGACGUGUCAACAUCAUGGAGCGAAGUAAUGAAAAAUGUACAAAAAUCAAGGAGUAUUCACGCAAACAUCCAUUUUUAGUACCCUACCAUGAACGUGUCUUUGACAAUAUUUCGGUACCCAUUUAUGCUCUGCAUUUAUACGACAGCGUCCAGAUUUAUGCCAGAGCUUUAACAGAAGUCCUUCAGAUGGGUGGCGAUAUUUACGAUGGACGCCUGGUGAUGAGCCGCAUCUUUAAUCGUUCGUAUCAUUCCAUACAAGGAUUUGAUGUACACAUUGACAUAAACGGUGAUGCCGAGGGGAAUUAUUCGGUAAUCUCUUUGCAGAGUGAUUCGAAUAGCCUGUUGAACAAGGCUAACUCCUUGGCGAAAAUGUCCAUGCAACCAGUUGGUUAUUUCGUUUUCAAUAAACAAUCAAUCAUUCCGGAAUUUCGUUACGUCAAACCCGAUCGACCCAUACAAUGGCUGAAAGGACGACCACCACUAUGUGAACCUCUGUGUGGUUUCCAUGGCGAACUGUGCCCUAAACGACGACUCGAUUGGCGUUACAUGACAUCGGGUUCAUUUUUCGGACUAUUUGUUGUCAUUGCUGCCGUAUUCCUAAUUAAGCACUAUCGCUACGAACAAACGUUAGCGGGACUACUGUGGAAAAUUGACAUGAAAGAUGUAACAAUUAUUAACAUGGAAAAUGCCAACGAUUACAAUAGUACCCUGAAGAAUAAAAAUAUUUAUCAAAUAUGUCGACAAAGUAUAUUAACUGGAGGUGAUACAAAUAAAAAGGCCUUCACAAAUAUAGGUUUAUACCGUGGCAACAUAGUUGCCAUGAAAAGAGUAUAUAAGAAAACUGUAGAUAUAACACGUUCCAUUCGUAAGGAAUUAAAACAAAUGCGAGAGCUUCGUCAUGAGAAUAUCAUCAAUUUUAUUGGUGUCUCAAUUGAUCAUGGAAAUGUCAUCAUAUUCACUACGUAUUGUGCCCGGGGUAGUCUCGAGGAUGUUCUGGCCAAUGACGAUUUACAUUUGGAUCACAUGUUCAUUUCGUCAUUGGUCAGUGAUAUACUUAAGGGUAUGAUUGCCCUACAUGAUUCGGAAAUUGUAUCACAUGGUAAUUUGAGAUCGAGUAAUUGCCUAAUCGAUUCCCGUUGGGUUUGUCAGAUCUCAGAUUUUGGUCUGCACGAAUUUAAAUACGGACAAGAGGAACCGCACAAAAGAGAUUUGGAAUUAAAACGUGCCUUGUGGAAAGCUCCUGAACUGUUAAGAGAUCCAUCGCCACCAGCUCGUGGCACCCAAAAGGGCGAUGUCUACGCAUUUGGUAUUGUUUUAUAUGAGAUUAUUGGUCGCAAGGGCCCUUGGGGCACAACAUCCUACUCAAAUGAGGAAAUUGUCGCAUAUGUCAAACAGCCCGAACUUUUACAUCAUGGAAUAUUCCGUCCAUCACUGUCACAACUCGAUAUACCUGAAUAUGUGCGACAAUGUUUACGUUCAUGUUGGGAGGAGGAUCCCGAAAUGCGACCCGAUAUUCGUUUAGUGCGCAUGAAAUUAAAGGAACUGCAGGCGGGACUAAAGCCAAAUAUUUUCGAUAAUAUGCUGUCAAUUAUGGAAAAAUAUGCAUACAAUUUGGAAGGAUUGGUACAGGAGCGCACCACCCAACUCUAUGAGGAGAAGAAAAAAACCGAUAUGCUGCUAAAUCAAAUGUUGCCAAGAUCUGUUGCCGAAUCCUUGAAACGUGGCGAACCCGUCGAGGCGGAAUGUUUUGAUUGUGUGACAAUACUAUUCAGUGACAUUGUCGGCUUCACUGAGCUCUGUAGUACCAGUACACCUUUCGAGGUGGUGGAAAUGUUGAAUGAUUUAUACACGUGUUGCGAUUCUAUUAUAUCCAACUAUGAUGUUUAUAAGGUGGAAACAAUUGGUGAUGCUUAUAUGGUCGUAUCCGGCCUUCCGCUGAGAAAUGGUAAACGUCAUGUGGGCGAAAUUGCGUCGUUAGCUUUGCACCUUUUGCAAAGUGUGGCAAAUUUGAAAAUUCCACAUAAACCCAAUGACACAUUACAACUGCGAAUUGGAGUGCAUUCGGGACCAUGUGCAGCUGGUGUUGUCGGUUUAAAGAUGCCACGUUAUUGCCUUUUUGGUGAUACAGUCAAUACAGCAUCACGUAUGGAAAGUUCCGGCGAGGCAAUGAAAAUUCACAUAUCCGAGGAAACGUAUCGUUUAUUGGAGAAUGUCGGUGGCUAUCAUUGUAUUGAGCGAGGACUUAUUAAUAUCAAGGGUAAGGGAGAUAUGCGCACCUAUUGGCUGCUCAACAAAUUGGAAGAUCAUCAUUCGCAAGUUCCUGCCUUAACGUGCAACGAUGCCACACCGGAUCUCAUCAGUAAUGUUGAUCCCGAUAGUAGUACAACAAAUAGUACAAAUACCCUACAUCCGAUGUUGUUGAAUUCCCACUAUAUGAAACAUCUGCCCUAUGGGUUGUCGUCCAUGAACCAACAACAACAGCAACAACUACCGCAACAACGACUGCGUUAUGUAAAAAAUUCCUAUUGUAAUUGUGCCACCAAAUGCAUCUAUAAUCGUCGUUCCGACGACAAUGUCAAUAUCAAUGCUGCUGAAUUACCGACCAUUGCCCGCAAAAACCACGAGAAUGUCUGCAACAAUACACACUUGUGUGUGUGUCGCCUUAAUAGCAGUAUUCUGCAUACGACCAAUAGCCAACGGGGGCCACGCUCCGCACCCGUUAUAACCUUUCGUUUGUGA